AAUUAAUUGGUAAUCAAAUUUACCGACUCUAUCGAUAAAAGCUUGCUGUACUCUCCGUAAAAUCGCUAUCGUCGUUUCAUACAAUAAUAAAAAACAGAAAACAGUAGAAUGGCUACAUUGUCGUAGUAGUGGCAUGUAAUUAUCAAGUGGAGAUUAAUUUGUUGUUUUCGCACCUAGUAAAGCCGCGUCUUUAUUCUAUUUUAUCGAAAGAUUAAAUAAUCCGAGAUAUAGCUCUUUCAACGCCCAAUGAAAGCAAAAUUUACUCUGCCGAUUGUGAUGAUACCACAUGAAGGGAUUGUUUACGUAUUUCAUAAAACGACGCCGCCUUCCCAGUUUCUAUGAUGAUGAGGGCUGACUGCCGAAACUGGGCAUCAGGGCGCUACGAUCGGGAUUCGGGAAUCGGGAGGGAAAGCGUCGGUGUCGGCGUCUCUCAUAACUCGCGUGUAUAAACAAUAAUGAAAUACAUUUGAUAUGACGUCAUGUACGACAAAAAUAUUGCACCCACUCAACAGGAUGAAUUUCAUUAAUCAAAUGUAUGCGUUGCAGUAAUCACAUUUCAAAAGUAAUGAUUUUAAAAAAAGAAUACACAUGUAUAAUUUCACGAAAAAGCCGUGAACAUGACAAAAAACAAGUGGAAACUGAAGACAAAACUUUUCCAUCGCUUCUUGUAGAAUCAGCCGGUGAUGAUGGCGGAUUGAAUUUAAUCGCUGAUAAUUAAUGAGGAACCAACGACUUCUUCCGGUAAAUUACAUACUAAUUAUCUGUCAGCUAAGGUAUCUAUCGAUUUUCGGAGGUUCUACACAUACCUAGCCCAUGUAUCCUAGGAAAAUACAUUUUUCGAAGCGCGCGCAUCUUCCGAGGAAAAGCUAGGACAAAUGUAUACAUACUAAAUUCCCGAAGGAAGGGAAGUAUCCAGAUCUUGGGAAGAAAAAUGUAUUCAAGUCCCGCCGAUUUCGCGCGCCGUUUAUUUACCCAAUGCGUAGAAAUAAAAAAUAUUAGAAAAUAGACCAGAUGAAAACUUAUGACGGAAAAAAACACAGAAUAGAUAAAUAAACCGUCCGAAACGAAACAUGUUUUAAUUUUAUGAAAAUUCCGCGCCCGCCAUUUUCAAAACCUACUUUGGUUUAAUGCGAUGUGUAGAUUUGGUAUAUCAAGAUUAUGAAUGUAUACGAGAAUUGUAGAGUAUUUAAAAAAUAGAGAACUUCAUCUGUAAAUUUUAAUCGAGUGAUAAUUUGCAGGUAAAAAUUGAAUUGGGUAUCAGGUUAAUUAAAUAUUUAAGAUAUUCGGUAGUAAAAUAAUUGAACGAAGGCUCCAGACAACCGAAAGACGCCAUAGCUACAAAUGGCAUCACCCGUAUGCGUUUGGUGAAUAUAGUAUAUUUAACGUAUGAAUUAAUAUCUCUGUUAGUAAGUUAUACAUCUACAAAAUAAAAUGGUGGUAAAAUAGAGUGAAUAAACUAAUAAUUAACUGCGAUUUUUAGCUUUAGAUUAUAAAUUUACCAGACUAAUAAUAAAAUAUUUGUAGGGAAAACGUAGACUGGACUCACCUCGGAUUUUCGUUGCGAGACAAAGGCCUGCGCGCGGGACGGGAAUUACGAGAGAACGCAGUUGUUGGGAACCGGGAACGCUUUAGCUCCGUGACGUUCGCGUACCAAGAGAAGAGAAUGACUGCGAGGUUUCUGGAUUGCGACCGUUUAUACACCCGCCAUCAUUGCAACAACGCACCGACCUCCUCGGAUCGAUUUGCUGCUUAGCUCUGUUACCCCUAAAUAUAUAUAUAUAUAUAUUUUUUAAUGAAUAAUGAAUUACCCGAAUAUUAUUUAGGGGAAUUUCGAGACAUGAUUUAUGGGAUGAAAAAUUCUUAACGGUCAUAUUUCGUCCGUUGAUUUUAUUAUUGGAGUUUAUUUUAGAAUCGUUAUGAUUUCAAAAUCUAGACUCAGUCUUGAUGAUUCGGGCAUUUAAUUGAAUUAUUUUGAUGUUCGGCUGGAGGCUGAAUUUUAUCACCGGUUCUAUGUAUAGGAAAUAUAAUUUAGUAUUUAUUAAAAUUAGUAAACCUAGAAUCGCAUCACUGUCGUUGUGCCUCCGUGGCGCAAUUGGCUAGCGCGUUCGGCUGUUAACCGAAAGGUUGGUGGUUCGAGCCCACCCGGGGGCGAUUUAUUUUUGCAUUUCGUUUUUUGAAUCUUUAGGAAACUUCGUGUCAACAUUUGGACAGGAAAGCACAGCGUUUUUUUGACUGAAAAAUGGCAACGGACAUUCUGGAAAUACUCCAACAACCACAGUUAACUAAAAUCUGUGCUCCAAUGGUUAGAUAUAGCAAAUUGCAGUUCAGAACUUUGGUUCGACGAUAUGACUGCGAUUUAUGCUUUACCCCAAUGAUAUUGGCGGAUUCUUUCGUACAGUCUGCAGAGGCUCGUGAUAAUGAAUUUUCAACAAACAAAAAUGAUGUGCCACUUGUUGUUCAGUUCGCUGCAAAAACUGUUGAUGAUUUUGUAGGAGCAGCUGAAAUGGUUGUACCAUAUGCCGGUGGCGUGGAUUUGAAUUGUGGAUGCCCACAGCGUUGGGCAAUGAAAAGCGGCUAUGGUGUCGAUUUAUUGGGUAAACCAGAGCUAGUCAGGGACUUGGUACUGCAGGUUCGAAAUCGAAUACCACCACCUUUUACUGUAUCUGUGAAAAUACGGUUAUUAAAAGAUAUUCGCAAGACGAUUGAACUGUGUCAGAUGUUGGAGAAAGCAGGUUUAUCCUUCAUCACUGUUCACGCAAGAACUCCACAGAUGCGAAACGAACCUAUCGACUUGGAGGGAUUGAGAAUUGUCAGAGACUCAAUUAAGAUGCCAUUGAUUGCUAAUGGAGAUGUUAAGCAAUUAAAAGACGCCAAAAAUUUGCAUGAAAAUUUCAAUUGCCAAGGUGUUAUGUCUGCUAACGGACUGUUAACUAACCCAGCCCUCUUUGCUGGUUAUUCAAAGACUCCAUUGACUUGCAUUCAAGAUUGGUUGGACAUUACAGCCAGCAUUCCUACUCAUUUUUUGUGUAUGCAUCACCAUUUAGUAUUCAUGCUUGAGAAAAUACUUCCGAAGAAAGAUAGAUGCUAUUUUAAUAACCUACAGACUAAGGAAUCCGUUCUUGAAUUUAUAGAUAAUUAUUAUGGUAUAAAACCAAGAGUUGACAAUAAGUGCAGUGAGUUGAUCGAAUGCUAUUAUGAUAUUAGGCCAGGUAAAUAUUUUAAAGAAGUAUUGAAGAAUUGCAGCGAUGAAGCCUUUGAAGAUUUUAUGGAGAAUAUCUUCAUAGAGGUAUAGCGAAUAACUCCAGUUUCCGAAUUUUGUACAAAUAUUCAAUGUCCGAGAUGUAUUGGGUAAUAAAGAAGUUCAAAAGUAUACCCUG